UCGUCAUCUCUCACCCAGCCCGCGCUUUCUUUCGGCUUCCGUCUGCAGCCGGGAGCGGACGCCAGGCUUCGAGGCGGAGCGCGAGCGGACGCCAGGCUUCGAGGCCUUUCGUUCCUAAGGGCCUCCGAGGUGCUGGUGGCUUCGGCCUGCUUCUAGCCAUGUCCCACAGGCCCUCUUUUGACCACAACUAUUACGUUGUGGAGAGUAAGGAGGAAAAAGAUGCUGGAGCCCCGGCAGGGGCCAUGGCCUCCACCUCAACUGAGGAGGCCCCAAGAGCUAUGGCGGUGGCGCAGGAAGGGGCGGUGGGCACCGAAGGAGCCGUAGGCUGUGCCCCUGCGGGUGAGCCAAAGGCCGAGGGGGGUCCGAGACAGGAGAGUGAGAGCGACUCCUCCGACUCCUCCGACUCCUCCGACUCCUCCGAGAGUGACAGCAGCUCCUCCGACGAGAGUGAAGACGAUGACUACCUGAGCACCAGCAGCAGCGACGACGACGACGACGACGACGAAGACGACGACGACACCUCUUCCUCAGAUUCCGAGGAGGAGGAGGCGGCCACUGCUGCGGCCGCUCCCGCAGCAGCUGCUGCUGCUGCCGCCGUCGCUGCUGCUGCUGCUGCUGCUGCUGCUGCUCCUGCUCCUGCUGCCGCUGCGAUUCAGAUUCCGGGACCCCCCCGUCCCCGCCCCCGCCGCCGUCGCCGCCAAGAACGGGCUUUGUAUGCCCUGGUGUGGUUUACCAAUCGGAGAGCAAAGCAGAGGAGGAAUGAGAGACGUGCAAUGCUGAGAAAUAUGCCACCUGGUUCUGAAGACUUCAUUUUCAUGACGGAUGUGGAAGAGCCUUCUUAAUGUGCUAUCCUUAGUCAGUAGACAAAGGGCAGCUUGGCAACCUGUGUGCCCAAUGCCAGGCUUAACUAUUUGCCAUGCAUGUUAACAAUAAAAGCAUGAAUUUCCAA